AUGCUCUCACCCGGGCGAGCUUUUAUACGUCGGGCGCCUCGGCUGCGCGUAGGCUUGACCAUUCCCCGAUACAACUCAAACAGUACGGCAGCACAGCAGAAUGAGCAACCGGCAGCAACCGGGGCCCAGAAAGGCGGCCCAAAUGGCCUCAAGAGCAGUGGAACAGUGCCCUGGCGACUCAAGGAGCUCCGCGAGCAGCAGGGACAUCACAAGCAGACGCUCAUCACGCACGCCGGCCUGUCCACGGGACCGUUAUCGUACGUGCAGCACAGUGACCGCGUGGUUGUGCGGUGCGAGGACGGCGGCGCGACCGUCACGCUCGACGCGGCCGCGCUCCGGGACGGCUGUCAGUGCGCCGCCUGCAAGGACCCGUCGUCGGGGCAAAAGACGUUCGCGUCGGUGGAGAUCCCGCGCGGCCUCGGCAUCGCCCACGUCCGCGAGACAGCCGACGGCCUGGGCGUGAGUUUUCGUAAGGAUAUUGCGCGUUUUACAGAGCACGAGACAACGGUGUCGUGGGAGAGCCUCGAAGUGGCGCUCGGCGCGCGUGCGGCGGUCGACACGGCGGCGAUCCCACCCGUCUUCAACUCGGUGCGGGCGCGCGCGGGCAUAACCCUAUGGGACCGGGCGACGAUUGCGGAGCGCGUGCGCGGCGUCGACUACGCCGAGUUCAUAGCCGGCGGCGACGCGCUGUGGAAGGUGGUGCUGGACCUGGUCCGCCUCGGGCUGGUGUACCUGACCGACGUGCCGCGCGACGAGGACUCUGUCGUGCGCAUCGCGACGCGCAUCGCCAACAUCCGCGAGACCUUUUACGGCCGCACCUUUGACGUGCGCGCCAAGCCCAAUGCCGAAAACGUCGCGUACACGACCGGCUACCUCGGCCUCCACCAGGACCUGCUCUACCUCGCGCCGCCGCCCAAGAUCCAGAUCCUGCACUGCCUCGACAACUCGUGCGCCGGCGGCGAGUCGCUCUUCAGCGACGGCGAGCGCGCCGCCCGCCUGCUGCUCCACGCCCACCCGACCCUCGCCGCGCCCCUGCGGCACCACCCGGUCCCGUACGCGUACACCCGCAACGGCUACAGCUACGCGCAGCAGCGCCCGCUGCUGCACUACGACCGCGACGGCCGCUUCGAAAACGUCUUCUGGUCGCCGCCGUUUCAAGGCGCGCGCGCCGCGGACGAGCCCCCGCUGCGGCCGUGGCUCGCCGGCGCCCGCGUCUUUGAGAGUCUCAUCAACGGCGACGCCGCCAUGUACCAGAAGAAGAUGCGGCCGGGCGAGUGCGUGCUGUUUGAUAAUCUGAGAGUGAUGCACGGCCGCACGGCGUUUGAUGCCGGAGGCGGCGGCAGCAGGUGGCUGCGCGGCGCGUAUCUAGCCCAAGAGGACUUUGUGAGCGUCGCGACGCAAAUUCCGGAAGAGUUGCUCGCGAGGGACAGGGCGGGGGAGGGGGUGUGGUAUGAUGGAUAUGAGGACAAGAUUCGCGCCAACGAGGCGUGGACGGCGGAGGCGCAGGCGCUGGUCGACAAGGAGGUGUAA